CCCGAAACGAAAAUCAGGCGAGGCCAGGAGAGUAUAUAUAUACAUGUAAGUACCUCGUGGUUAACAUAUGGCGGUGAGACACGGCACAAAGGUACGGGAAAGACACAUCUCUCCAGAAGCUUCGCGACCCCUAAAACGCGCACAACUGAACUCCUCCCUGAAGCCUCACUCUCGUUCAAUCGACUGCGAGCAGAGGACGUGUUGUGUUUGAUUCAUAAGCCGAUUAUAUAUACAUACAUAUAUAAUCAAAGACAAUCUUAACUGUGAUUUCUCUAUUAUAAUAACUAAAAAAUGUUCAAGAAGGCAGUCGAGGCCAAGUCUCAUCAAAGGCUCUCAGGCGCAGACAGGAAGAAGCUCAAGCGCAACCUCCGCGACAAGUUCCCUCGAGCUUCCGAUGCCGACCUCGACGUCUUACUCCCGCCUAAGGCAGAGAUAACAGUUGCAAAGUUUCAAAAUCGAGUACAAGUGUAUGGGAUAGAAGGUGGCUUGCCCAUGGUUUUUGAUAUUGAUGGGCGAGGAACUGAGAUAUACCCAACUGUUUUUGCUCUUUGGAAGGUCCCUGAACUCUUGCCUUCUUUCAUGCUGAAGGGGGGCGAGGUUUCUAGAUAUAUCAUAGGAGGCGCGGACUUGAUGUUCCCUGGUAUUAGUAUCCCCGUUGAAGGUUUGCCUUCAUUUUUGGCUGGGGAACCUUGGGCAGUAAAAGUUCCUGGCAAUCCAGCACCAAUAGCUGUUGGAGCUACUACUAUGAGCAGUACAGAAGCACUGAAAGCUGGUCUGCGUGGGAAGGCUUUGAGGAUAACUCAUUAUUACCGUGACUUCCUUUGGGAAUCGGUUGAGGGCCAUUACGUGCCAAAUACAGGGUUUUUAGAAGAUGUUGUGUUUGAGGAUCCUGUUUUAGUUUCAUCAUCUCAAGGUCUUGAUUCAUGUGAAGAUGCUGCUGAUGCUUCAGAGGAUCCGGAGAACAACAUUAAAAAUGAAGAAGAAGGUGAAUCCGAACCAAACACUGUCUCAACCACAGAAAUAGAUGCUAAGAGUGGCAUGGCAGAAGAAGCAAUUGCAAAUGUGGGUGAUAUCAAACUAGAAGAUGAUGCUUCUGCUAAUGAAACUAAUGUCGAGGAGCCGCUUGCUCUCUCUGUUGAAGAUGUGGAUGCAUAUUUAGACAAAUGCCUUCUCCAAGCUUUGCAUACAACAGUAAAGGACAAGGACCUCCCGAUGCCUGGAAGUACAUUAUGGUCAAAUCAUGUAUUACCUUGUAGGCCUUCAAAUGUGACGCUAGAUAUUAAGAAAUCAUCUCACAAGAAAUUGUCGAAAUGGUUGCAAGCUAAAGCAUCUGUAGGACUGAUUGCAGUGAAAGAGGACAAACAUAAAAAGGAAGUUGUUUUAUUUUCUGUUAAUCGCAAUCAUCCAGACUAUUUGUCAUUCAAGCCGGAGAUACGGAAAGUAGAGAAAUCUGAUCAGGUUGGUGAUCAUGCUACUAGUGAAAAUCGAUCACAAAAAAUGCUUGAAGUGACAGAGAUUUAUAAACCCAGUGUGCAUGUUAAUCCGAUUUUUGCUUCUGUUGGAGCUGAUGGAGGGAGACUUUACAGUGCUUCAGAAGCUUCUGAGAUUGUCUUCAAGUAUGUUGAGAAAGAAAAUCUCGUCAAGCCAACUAACAAGUCCAUUGUGGUUCUCGAUCCGACUUUAUGUGAUGCAUUAUUCAAAGGAGCUAUAAAAAAGGGAUCUGCAUACCCCACAGAGAUUCAUAAGAAAGAUUUAGGAUCUGCAUUUAUUGGCCGGAUGCAGGCCCACCAUGUUGUAACUAGAGGUACUGAUUCAGUUGUUCGUAAAGGCGCCAUAAAAACAAUUCAGAUAAUGACUGAACGAAGACAAGGUAACAAGAAAGUGACAAGGGUUUCAGGUACAGAGACAUUCUUGAUUGAUGCCGAACCUUUGGCAUCAGAGUUACAGAAGAAAUUUGCUUGCAGUACAUCUGUCGCAGAACUUCCAGGUAAGAAGGGGCAAGAAGUUCUUAUUCAAGGCGGUGUGAUUGAUGAUGUGGCAAAACAUCUGGUUGGACAAUAUGGAAUCCCAAAGAGAUACAUUGAAGUUCUUGACAAAACAAGGAAAUAAGAACAGUAUUCAGAUUGGUGGUGCUAGCAAGGAUGUGGCAUGGAACAAAAACAGCCUUAAUCGACAUACUGAAAUCCUAAAACUUAUGCUGGAUUUGGAUUAGAGUUUUGGUCUUCUUGAACUAUGUUUUAUAGCAGGCAAGUAGAGAGUUUUUAUGUGCAGACACCAUUCUCUGCGGCGAUGUAUAAAUGAUGCUUGAAGUUAUGUACUGAUUUAGCUUGCAAGCAGACUGCUAAACCUACAUAUGUUUCCUAGGCUGGUUUAAAUUUUUGUGCGUGCUCUUAUUCAUAGCUUGUACAGUUGUGACAAUUAUAUGGAUAGACAAGACUUGGGAUGCCUUAUUCGGGAGUAUGCUCUUUUUAGAUGAUGAAGAAGUAAGACGCAAAUAUGGCAUAGACCCAAAUAACCAUAAGAGUUCUAUAAAAUCAAUUAUGAUGAAGCCGUUAUUUGA